GAAUGAUAGCACAUGGAGGAUACAAAGCAAUAUCCGGGCACCGUAUUUUGGGGCUUAUAAAUAGCUGCGACCGUUCACAAGACUUCCUCAUCUGCAAUCUUCACGUGCUCUCUCUAUCUGCUCUGCCUCCCUCUGCUUCUCUCUAAUUUAUCACUUUGUUUGCAUCUCUGUAAAUCUUAUUCAAUUCCUCCUUUUUGGCUCUUCGGCCGUUAAGAUUUACAUAUCUAUCAUAAGGGUAGUUUUGUUCGUUGGUUGACGGAGAAAGAGAAGCCUGUUUCCGAGUGAUAACAGUAGUAGCUAUGGAGAACAACAAGAAGCAAGUGGGUGUUUCAUCUUCAUCCACGACUUUCGAUCACCUUUUUGGUCCCAAGUACCCCUCUUCAGCAACUUCAUCAUCUUCCACUUCUGGAAUAUUUGGAUCCAUUUUUCCACCUCCCUCAACGGUGCUAGGGAGGGACUCCACUCACGAUAAUCGAGGUGGCGGUGGAAAAUAUGGAAAUCCAGAUAUUAUUACCAAGAAUAAUGGCAAGGGUGAAAGUGUUGCUAGAGAAAAGGGUUCCAGUUACCAGAAAGAUCAUGAGAUAAUGGAACCAUGCCAUUUUAACUCAGAACCAGCUUGCUACUUUAGCUCAUCUAUCUACUACGGUGGUCAAGAAAAUUAUUCUCCAAGGACCCGCUCCACCGAAUCCCAACAUAUUUUUAAAAAGGAUGGUGGAGACGAUGAUUCAAACGGAAACAAUCCGAACAGCGCUUCCAGAGGGAACUGGUGGCAAGGUUCCCUCUAUUACUAACAACCCUGCAUCCUGCACCUCGAUCGCAAAGGGGAAGUCUUGAAACAGUUAAGAUGUGAUCAAUUUUGAUGUAAAUUUUACCAUCGGUGACGUGGGACUAUAGAUGGUGAUUGGGAAGGAAAUAUAUGCAAAGCACUCAGGGUAAGAAUCUUGAUCAGUCUUAAGAAAACCCACCAAUUAUAAAUAUCGAGCAAAAUAAUAUAUAAUAAUAAAAUUCAUGGAUGCAAUUUCUAGCUAGGAUCAAAAGUUUGCAAUUUGAUACUUUAUUCUUUCACGUGGAACUCAUUAGGAUCCUCUAAAGUCGGAAGGGUCACUGGUAAAGUAACUUUGGCUGUUCUUAUCAAUUAGGAAUCUAGGAUCCUAAUCUCUUCAUACCACUUUUUGCUUUUAUUUCUUCUUGGCUUAAUUCAUUAAACCGCGUAUUGAAUCUCUCGCUUCAGAAAAACUGCACAAAAUAAAAUAUGAAAAAUAACUGAAUUUGCUCAACUCUUUGGGAUGGUUGUAUUGGUCCAAGUUUGUC